CAUUUUGCUAAGUACCUUUCGGUGUAGCGGUUCCUCAAAAAUUUCUAAAAUGACAGCGGCAAGUUUGUUUUAGUUUUCUUUUUCGAAAUUUUUCUAGUUUUCACCAAUUUAUGCUUAAAAAUAUCUGUAAAAAUGGCUUCAUCCUCAAACGGAAAUGGUAAUUUAGUGGACGAACUAGAAGAAGCUUUUCAGUCAUGCAUUCACGCUCUCACGAAAGAAGAAUCGGCUACGGGAGUGGACAAGGAUGAAAUUAAAUUGGAGGUGGAUCAAACAACACUAAAAUUUAUUGAUCUGGCCCGCCAGAUGGAAGCGUUUUUCCUACAAAAGCGAUUUCUGCUGUCAGCCCUCAAGCCGGAUCUUUUACUUAAAGAGGAAAACUUCGACCUGAAGCAGGAAAUUGCACGGAAAGACGAGCUCAUCAAGAAACACUACGAAAAAAUUGAAUCAUGGAAGAAUCUGCUCUCCGAUCCACCGUACAACAAACCAGUACAAUCGAUGCCACCGGAAAUGCGAGGCAAUAUGGCCGGCGGAAUGAUGCCGGGCAUGGGAAUGCCAAUUCAGAAUCCCAUGCAAGCUCAGCAAUUGGCACAGCAGCAACAGCAAAUGCAGAUGCUCCAGGCCCAACAGAUGCAGCAGCAAAUGCAAUCAAUGCCACUGGGGGCCAAUCCGCAAAUGUUCCCACAACCGGGUGGUGGUCGAGGCGUAGGCGGAGUUGCUGGUGCCGGCUUCCAAUCAGGACCGAACCUUCAAGGCCCUCUAGCCUAUCUGGAGAAAACGGCUAGCAAUAUAGAUCUAGUCGGAAUGGGGGAUGGUCGAAGGUGACGCGGGCGGGGUAGGGGGCGAGGAAGAGGUCGUGGUCGCGGCAGAGGCCGUGGACGUGGCAAUGCUCCCGAGUUUCGCAGCAGUGCGUUAUCUUGAAAGCGGAUCAUUCUUUUGCCACGUUAGUCGAUAUUACAAUAUACAACAAAACAAAAAAGACAACACCCAGCAAAACUACUACUCUAAAAGCAGCAAAAAAUUAAUCUAAGCAAAAUCAAUGCCCCUUCAAUUGCUAUAGACACAGCUAUCAUUUUUGGCAUCUAAAUCCAAAAAAAAAAUAAUUCAAAAUUUCCAACAAGAUAUCAACCAUGUAACUCAUAUAAACCAAAAUGAACAAACGGUCGGAUUGAAAAAAAUGUCCCGGUUCGUAAAAUCUAAAACCUUCUCCCUAAAUCUUGCAGUUCGAUUUUACCUUCCCCCAAUUGUGUAUUGUAGUGUGCGUCUAAUAUCACUUGAUCUGAUCGAUUUUCGAAGAAAAGAUAAUCUAACGUAUUGCUGUGGGGCGCUUUGAUCCCCGAUCGUAAAUUUCCUAUACUUCCUGUGAAAAUAUUUCCACAGCUUCAACGAACCGUUUCCAUUGUGUAUAAAACUUACCUUUAAAAUUGUGAAUUGUGGUUAAAUUGAACAAAAAAAAAUCAUUCUGUUUGUACCUCCUACUGAAGGUUUCUAUUCCGAAAUUAGCAAUAUUUGUCGGAAAACAACGGUUUAAUUAGUACUCGAUACGAAUACAUUAGUAAAAAACUAUCUCUUAAGUUUUGAAAAAAAUAUAUCUAUGCUUUGUCUAGGUUCAAA